AUGAGGUCGAUUCUUCCCCUUUUCUUCGCACUAACUUGUCUCGCUGUACCCUACGCCGAAUACAUCUACGCCCCGCCCUCGAGAACAUUGAUUCCACCAGUGGUAGUCGGCAUAAACGGCUCCGUCACAAACCCAGCGUCUCUGACCAAUGCUAGUGACACCCACCCAGCUAUCUUCGAUGGUCUGUCGUCGGUGACAUUUGACUUCCAGAAGAAUAUUGCCGGGAUAGUGUCCAUCGAUGUCGCUUCGGCUUCUUCGGACGCCUUCAUUGGUGUAACAUUUUCCGAGUCAAGCUUAUACGUCAGCGAGCAGGCGUGCGAUGCCACAGCGGACGCAGGAUUUGACAGUCCUAUCUGGUUCUCCUUUGCAGAUGGGCCUGGUCUCUACACAGCAGCAAAGAAGCACAACAGAGGCGGGUUCCGGUACAUGACUUUGGUCAGCAAUACCACGGCGACAGUAUCUCUGAAUCGCGUGACGGUCAACUUCACAGCCGCACCAGCACAAGACCUACGCGCAUACACGGGUUACUUCCACUCGGAUGACGAAAUACUCAAUCGGAUUUGGUAUGCCGGUGCAUAUACGAACCAGCUGUCGACCAUUGACCCAGCCUCGGGCAACGCUCUCCCCUGGUAUCGCAUAAUCAACAGUACGGAGACCAUUGCGCUCCCAGAUACCGUUCCGUGGUGGAGCAACUACACCAUUUCCAAUGGCAGUAGUGUUCUUACCGAUGGCGCUAAAAGAGAUCGGCUGAUUUGGCCCGGCGAUAUGUCUAUCUCGCUGGAAUCGAUCGGCGUGAGCACGUAUGAUCUCUAUAGUGUAAGGGUGGCUCUGGAGCUGCUACUUUCUUUGCAGAAAGAGGACGGCCGUCUGCCGUAUGCCAGUCCGCCCUUUGGUGAUACCAUCAGCUUUACAUAUCACUGCCACAGUCUCCACGGUGUUGCUCUGUACUAUCUCUAUUCUGGCGAUAGGGACUGGUUGUCUCGGUACUGGGACCAGUUCAAACUAGGCAUUGACUAUGCGCUGUCGAGUGUCGAUACCACCGGCCUAGCUAACAUUACUGCCCCAUCGGACUGGCUGCGUUUCGGCAUGGGCGGUCAUAAUAUCCAAGCCAACUCCCUCCUCUACUAUGUCCUCAACCAAGGCCUGACCUUGGCAGCAGUCCUGAACGACACCUCGGUCCAGCACACCUGGACCACCAAAGGACGAAAGGUAAAGACUGCGGCAAACCAGCUCCUCUGGGACCCCAGCAGCGGCCUUUUCCGUGACAAUGAGACCACGACCCUCUACCCUCAGGAUGGAAACGUCUGGGCCGUGAAGUCCAACCUGACCCAGUCACUGUCGCAGAUCCGACAAAUCUCAAAGUCCCUGCGCAACCGCUGGGGCAAAUACGGUGCGCCCGCACCUGAGGCCGGACGCACUGUGUCACCCUUCAUUAGUGGGUUCGAGCUUCAAGCGCACUUCAUUGCCGGAAACCCCAACUCCGCGUUGGACUUACUCCGUCUGGAAUGGGGUUUCAUGAUGGAUGACCCACGCAUGACCAACUCAACCUUCAUUGAAGGCUAUUCAACCGACGGUUCGCUGCAUUACGAGCCGUACACUAACGACCCCCGCGUAUCGCACGCGCACGGCUGGUCUACCGGCCCAACAUCCGUUCUCACGAACUACGCCGCGGGUCUCAAGUUGACUUCCGCGGCAGGAGCGACCUGGUCCAUUGCUCCACAGCCUGGUAAUCUGACAUCUGUCGAUGCGGGUUUUACCACGAAGCUUGGCGCUUUUGCGGUUACUUUUGAGAUGCGCAAUGGUACAUACAAGCGUCUGCGCUUCAGUACUCCAGUCGGAACAACAGGGCGUGUUGUUCUGGCAGGGGCGAACGGAAGUUUAGUCAGCGUCAAUGGGACUAGGGUUGUACUCGGUGCUGAUGGUGUGGUUAGUGGGCUGGCCGGCGGGAAUUGGACUCUUGCUCUUGCAAGCUCAACCAGAACAGGGAGAAUGAACCGGUAG